AUGUCUGAUCCAGUUAUCAAAGAAAUAUCUAUCCGCGUUAACGGGCCGUCUCUUCUGAUGGUCCAGCAACCGACAGUCCAUAAAUACAGCACAAUAUCACAAACACGACUCAAGCCGGCGAGUGGCGUCCUGGAAAUGGAUAUACCAAUAGACACCUCACGUUUUUACGAUGAGAGUAAAGCUUCCCAAUGGGGAGGUACCAACUAUCAGACCUUGAGGGGAGUACUAGUGGAUGGAAACGGAUACUAUGUGGGGCGCAUGCGCGAUGGGGAGCUCCAUCUGAGCCCCGUGACUAAAACUUGCCAACUUAGACCGUCGUUUAAGUACAUUGACGAAAUGAAGGCUCGCAAGCAGCAAAGAGAAAAAGAACUUAAUAAACAGUUGGACGAUCAAGUGAUGCCUGACGACAAGAAGAAAGCACACGUUGUGCAGAUGACAGCCAAGUCUACAAACGAAAAUGCUCUCAGGCUCGGAGGAGCUUUGGUGAGCAAGAAGCUGGAAGACGAGGAAGAAUGGGUGAUGUAUGAGUAUAAAAGAAGUGUACAGUAA